CUUAUACCCCAAUGCAUUCACUUUGCAAACUCCAGGCUCCGGUCGCGCACGGGCCGAACUGCGGGAAGUGAGCCGCGCGGGCCGCCGUAGUCAGCUGCUGCAAGCAGGAAGUGUCCGAGCAGAGGGCGGAAUCUGCAGGAUGGCACCGGACCCCUGGUUCUCCACAUAUGAUUCUACUUGUCAAAUUGCCCAAGAGAUUGCUGAGAAAAUUCAACAACGAAACCAGUAUGAAAGAAAAGGUGAAAAGACACCCAAGCUUACGGUGACAAUCAGAGCUUUGUUGCAGAACCUGAAGGAAAAGAUCGCCCUUUUGAAGGACUUAUUGCUAAGAGCUGUGUCAACACAUCAGAUAACACAACUCGAAGGGGAUCGAAGACAGAACCUAUUGGACGAUCUCGUAACUCGCGAGAGACUACUUCUGGCAUCCUUUAAGAAUGAGGGUGCUGAACCAGAUCUAAUCAGGUCCAGCCUGAUGAAGGAAGAAGCUAAGCGAGGAGCACCCAACCCUUGGCUCUUUGAGGAGCCAGAGGAAACCAGAGGUUUGGGUUUUGAUGAAAUCCGGCAACAGCAGCAGAGAAUUAUCCAAGAACAGGACGCAGGCCUCGAUGCCCUUUCCUCUAUCAUAAGUCGCCAAAAACAAAUGGGGCAGGAAAUUGGUAAUGAACUAGAUGAACAAAAUGAGAUAAUUGAUGACCUUGCCAACCUAGUGGAGAACACAGAUGAAAAACUUCGCACGGAAACCAGGCGCGUGAACAUCGUGGACAGGAAGUCAGCCUCUUGUGGGAUGAUCAUGGUGAUUUUAUUGCUGCUCGUGGCUAUUGUGGUUGUUGCGGUCUGGCCAACCAACUGAUGGCAAUAAAGAGACCACCAGCUGUGACACCUGACAAAGACAACCCUGCGCCCUUUUAGUACAAACCUGCUCUCAAUAAAUCCUCCCAAAGCUCUG